ACGGGGGACCAGUGUAAAUCGGCCUUCUGUCGGUGAUACAUCGGCAAGAACCAGGUGGUAUUGUCAACUCAGUGAGCCAAAGUAUUACAACCGUAAACACAAGACUUCUGUCUUUUCAUUUUGUUGUGGGCAACAACGACUGGAGAAAAGAAUUGGAGUAAAAUAUCUAGGCUAUCGUUGAUACUGAGGUUAGGCACAAAGGGGAGAGAUUGAUAAAAAAAAUCGAAAAAUACAAUAAAGAAGUUGCUGAUUUCCUUGAGUUUUUCCGCUCUGCCCCUCGGCCAUUCAUUUUUCUCUUUGCUGACGGCAAAGGACAGUUUCAUUCGGCAGAGCGUACGAUAUAAUCGAUAUCGUUCUGCCACUCCAUCGGAAAAAAAAGAGAUCUUGAGACCUAAUUUGUGCAUGGCUACCGUAAUUGUUGGCUAGCUGGCCAACGACAUUUCAGAGAGCCAGGAACUAUCCAGGAGCUUGUAAUCGAUGAGUGCUAGAUUGACAGGAGGUCAUAUGGUGAAGCAGAGGCGGUUUAUCGGCAACACAAACAACAAAAUGAUAAAUAUCAGAGAAAAGUCAUUACGUAACAUUUAAAUAUUCGGAGAAUACACUUUAUAGUUCAAUGAAAGAAGGAUUUUUAAGGCUAACGCUCAGUAAAGCUGCGACGGAUCUGUCCAUUGAAAGAGGCUGAAGAAAGCUCUUAAUGGAUUCCAUGAAUUGAUCCAUUGUGAUUGAACCGUGAUUGAUGUUUUCAUUUACCAAAUGCCCUCUUUAUUACAACAGAAGGAUUUUUUUUAGGUACAUGAGACUGGAUUAUUGGAGAAUUGAGUAUCAACAUUGAUUUAUAAGGUUAAUGGAAAACCAAAGGAUUUAUCGUGAUAUAUUACUGUAAAUAUAUUUUCUACGUAUUUGAGAGCAGCGAUUAGUGAGAGAUAAAAGAGGUGCCCAGUCAAUUAUUCAGUGGAUGAUAAAUAAUUAUUGGAUUUACUCAAAGUAUUGGAUACGAUUAGACGGCCAUCAGUCGUUAAACAAAAUAAUUUCAUUUAUUUUUCAUCAAAUUGUGUGCCGUCGCGGCAGAGUUUUCCCACAAUGAGUUGUUAACUGAGAAUGCGCGAUGACGCAGCGGAUUUAUCAGUGGUCAACGAGCCCUCGCGAGGCCGUACCUCAGGGUAUCCAAAUGGAGCCCCCGAGAAUAAACUCCAAUCACCGAGGAAAAAUCCUCUCGAGGUACACAGAGCAAGACAAGGCGAAGGAUGAGUGGGAAGCCGAUUACAUGCUAAAGGAUAAUGAAGAACCCAUUGAGUUUGUCCCACCGCAAACAAAGGAGGAGGAAAAGCCAGCACCAACACCAUCUCUUCCACCCGUGCCUUAUUACAAACUCUUCCGAUUUGCGACAUUCGGUGAGUUGAUGUACGUACUUGCGGGCCUGUUCAUGGGGACCUUGACAGGCCUCUGUAUUCCGGUAUCGACGAUACAGUACGGUGAAUUCACUACUCUGUUGGUGGAUAGAAAUACCAUAAACCAAACCAGCACACCCACACUCAUCAUGGCUUGGUUUGGCGGUGGCGCAGUCCUAGGACCUAACGCUACUGAGGAAGAGCGAAUGGAUGCUCUGUAUGACGACUCGGUGGCAUUUGGCGUGUCAUGUGCAGCCUUAUCAACACUGCAAUUCUUCUUCGCUAUAUUUACAGUGGACUUCCUCAACGUAGCGGCCUUCAGACAAAUUGCCAGAGUCCGUAGAAUGUUCUUGAGAGCUGUAUUGCGACAGGAUAUGUCUUGGUACGAUACGAAUACAUCCACCAACUUUGCCAGCAGGAUAACAGAGGAUUUAGACAAAAUGAAGGAAGGAAUUGCCGAGAAACUUGGAAUUUUCACAUACCUCCUGGUAUCCUUCAUAUCAUCUAUCAUCAUAUCCUUUAUCUACGGCUGGAAACUCACUCUAGUGGUUUUGAGUUGUGCCCCAAUAAUCGUUAUUGCCACUGCAAUUGUGGCCAAAGUUCAGAGUUCCCUGACUGCCCGUGAAUUGAGUGCUUACGGUCAGGCCGGAAGUGUUGCUGAAGAGGUGCUCGGUGCAAUAAGAACAGUUGUGGCAUUUGGGGGUGAAAAAGUUGAAGUUGCCAGAUACACGAAGAAACUUGAGCCGGCUGAGAGUACAGGAAUUAAGCGUGGAUUGUGGUCUGGUGUUGGUGGUGGUGUCAUGUGGUUUAUCAUCUACAUGAGCUAUGCCCUUGCAUUCUGGUACGGUGUACAAUUGAUUCUCGAGGACAAGCCUAAAGAUGAUAAAGAGUAUACACCAGCUGUUCUUGUGAUUGUUUUUUUCGGUGUACUCGCUGGUGCACAAAAUAUGGGCCUCACAUCACCACAUCUUGAGGCAUUUGCUGUUGCACGUGGUUCAGCAGCUGCUGUAUUUCAAGUUUUAGAUCGUGUCCCCACCAUUGACAGUCUCAGCAGUGAAGGUCUCAUGUUGAAGAGUGUUAAUGGAGAGAUUGAAUUUAAGGAUGUUCACUUCCGUUAUCCGGCGAGGAAGGACGUCAAAGUCCUCCAGGGAUUGAAUUUGAAGAUCAAACAUGGGGAGACUGUGGCAUUGGUGGGCGGCUCUGGUUGCGGUAAAUCUACCUGUUUGCAGCUGAUUCAGCGACUCUACGAUCCUCUACAGGGACAGGUACUGUUGGACGGCAUUGAAAUACCUAAAUUGAACGUCGCAUGGAUGAGGUCACACAUUGGUCUCGUGGGUCAGGAGCCAGUCCUAUUUGACACAACAAUCCGUGAAAAUAUACGGUACGGUAACGAUAACGUUACAGAGGAGGAGAUGAUCAAAGCAGCAAAGGAAGCGAAUGCACACGACUUCAUCAGUAAACUGCCUGAGGGGUAUGAUAGCCCAGUGGGUGAACGUGGCUCACAACUAUCAGGCGGACAAAAGCAAAGAAUAGCUAUAGCACGUGCUUUAGUCAGACGUCCAGCGAUUCUCCUGCUUGAUGAGGCAACAUCUGCUUUAGAUCUCCACAGUGAGGCAACUGUACAACGCGCCCUGGAUGCUGCAUCCAAAGGAAGAACAACGGUCAUUGUAACCCAUCGCCUCUCAACAAUCACCAAUGCCGACAGAAUCGUAUUCAUAAAGGACGGACAGGUAGCUGAGAUGGGAACUCACGAGGAACUACUCGCACUUGGAAAUCAUUAUCACGCCUUGGUAUCAGCUGAUGCCAGUGCUACUGCCAGAGCAAAAGCCACAGCAUCGGCCGUGAAAACUGUGACAGCGACAAAACCGAAGCCGAAGCCACCGUUGAAGAAGCAAUUUUCCACCCUCUCGAUGCACUCACAUCGUCUCUCCCUGGCGGGUGGAUCGACAACGUCUGAAGAGGAACUUGAGGAGCAUGAGAAGCCAUACGAUGCACCGACAUUGAGAAUAUUUGGCCUGAACAAACCCGAGUGGCCAUACAACGUAAUUGGUUGUCUGGCAGCUGCUGUGGUUGGUGCCUCGUUCCCAGCAUUUGCGGUGUUAUUCGGUAAAGUCUAUGAGGUAUUAGGUCUACCCGAUGACGACGAGAUACGCGAUGAAACCAUAAACUUCUCGAUUCUCUUCAUUGUGGUUGGGAUAAUAACGGGAGUUGGUACUUUCCUACAAAUGUACAUGUUCGGUCUUGCGGGUGUGAGGAUGACCACGAGAUUGAGGAGUAUAACGUUUGCGGCAAUGUUGAAACAGGAGAUGGGCUGGUUCGAUGAGGAUGCAAACAGUGUGGGUGCACUAUGCGCUAGAUUAUCAUCGGAUGCUGCUGCUGUUCAAGGUGCUACUGGUAGCAGAAUUGGAUCGAUUCUUCAAGCAAUGUCGACACUCGUUCUGGGCGUUGGUUUGUCACUGUACUUCACUUGGAAGAUGACACUUGUGUCAAUCGUAUCGAUACCACUUGUACUGGGUGCUGUAUUUAUGGAGGCGAGGAUAAUGGGUGGUCAGGGUAUGGAGGAGAAGAAAAAAAUGGAGUGCGCUACGAGAAUUGCCAUCGAGGCUAUAUCAAAUAUACGUACGGUGGCCAGUUUGGGUAAAGAGGGAGCUUUUCUCGAUCGUUAUUGUGUGGAACUUGGAAAAGUUGCUGCGGCAACUAGAACACGAAAUCGUCUACGCGGUUUGGUGUUCUCGUGCGGUCAGACUAUACCGUAUUUUGGGUAUGCACUGAGUCUGUAUUACGGUGGUUAUCUUGUGGCUAGAGAGGGAUUACCGUAUAAAGACGUGAUCACGGUAUCCGAGGCACUGAUCUUCGGCUCGUGGAUGCUUGGUCAGGCACUUGCUUUUGCUCCUAAUUUCAAUACAGCUAAGAUAUCCGCUGGUAGGAUAUUUCGUCUAUUGGAUCGAGUGCCGGAGAUCAUGACACCACCGGAAUUGGAUGACAGGGAUAAGGAUUGGAAGGCUGAUGGUCUCAUACAAUUUUCCAAAGUUGAAUUUCAUUAUCCAACGCGCGUUGAGAGCCAGAUCCUUCGUGGGCUCAAUUUAAUCGUUAAACCUGGACAAAUGGUUGCAUUGGUGGGCCAGAGUGGGUGUGGUAAAUCAACCUGCAUUCAGUUACUUCAACGACUUUAUGAUCCAGUAUCGGGUACUGUUACGAUGGAUAGACGUGACAUUUCAUCGGUAUCGCUUUCUGCGUUGAGGGCACAACUCGGUGUUGUGGGACAAGAGCCGGUAUUGUUCGAUCGUACUAUCGCGGAAAAUAUUGCUUAUGGAGACAAUAAUCGUUUUGUGGGAAUGGAGGAGAUCAUGGAAGCCGCCAAGAAAUCCAAUAUACAUACUUUUGUCAGCUCUCUACCUUUGGGAUAUGAUACGAGACUGGGUAGCAAAGGUACUCAAUUGUCAGGUGGUCAGAAACAACGUAUAGCAAUAGCACGUGCUCUCGUCAGAAAUCCACGUAUACUUCUUCUGGAUGAAGCAACAUCAGCCCUCGAUACUCAGAGUGAAAAAGUCGUGCAAGCGGCGCUAGAUAAGGCUAUGGAGGGUAGAACUUGCAUCACUAUAGCUCAUCGUCUUGCCACCAUAAGAAACGCAGACGUGAUUUGCGUUUUUGAAAAGGGUACAGUAGCUGAGAUGGGUACACACGAUGACCUCAUUGCAGCUGAUGGCCUCUACGCUCACCUUCACGCUCUCCAGGAAGCAGCCAUGGAAUAAAUGACAAAAUUAUCGGAUUCCCGGAGUAUUUUUUUUUUCUCCUCGUUUUAGAUUUUUUUUUUGUUCGUAUUCUCUAGUGGAGGGAGACAAUGCUAUGAAAAUGGAGGUAGAAUAUUUCUCCGAAGGUGCUAGAGAUCACGCAUUUAAGUUGUACGUGUAGUUUCGUGGCUGAUAAAUCGUACCAACCCUCGGGAAUUUGAGAAUCUAUUUGGGUCUAAUAAUAAUAUUUUUUUUUUCUCUCAUCUCAGCUCAGUUCUAUACUCAAUUCACAGAGAUUUGGCACAUGCGCCAGGAUUUUAUGAUCUUUUUUUUUAAUGUUAGAGUAGGGAGAGCAUGAGCUUCGCGUGGAUUGAUAGAUUGCCUGAUCACACGUAGACUCGUACUACUCGAUCGUUAUUAUAACUAGGUAUUUUUAUUUAGUUGAAGUCGUAGAUGUGCGAGUACUUUCUGCCGUUGGAAAUGUCAAGCGCAAAGAUUGAUCUUGAGAGAAUUUAUUUUCGUAUAGAAUUUUUUUGUAAGUAAAUUAUUCAGUGUUUUUCCUUCACGUACUGUCCUCCAUUAUCCAAUGGUGUACCAUUCGGUUAGUUAUAAAUCGUUUAUCUUUAAGAUUGAGUAGAUGGUUUUAGAGAUGAAAUAAUAGAGCUGUCUGAAGUGAAACUGUCCAAGUGAAUUAUAACGUUUCAUUAUUGAAUACACAAAAAUAACGCAGUUAGUGUCAAAUUUUCUACUAAUGCAAUGUCAUUAUUUUCGUAGAGUUGUAAUCAUUCUAUUCCAUAUCGUUUCAAUCAUUCAUAUUCUUUCCCUGAUGUAUGGUCAAUUUCGUGACGUAUUUUUGUUCUAUCAGGGCACAGUGUACACUAACUAACUUCCUGUGAAAAAAAAUCGCACACACUCCCGUCAUUAUCGAUGAAAUAAUGUUUAACGCAGUUUUUAUUUCUCCGCUUAUUGCAUGUACAACGAUAAUUAGAUACCCGGUCGCUCGUCAUGGUGGGGUAAUCUACUUAUUGGUUGACGUAAAAAAGGACCGCAGAGGGAUGAAAAAAAAAUAUGUCUGGCGGGGUGAAAUCUUUCUUGUUAGCUCUCGUUUAACGAGGCAUGUGGAGCCUCCGCAAAAACUCGAGUGUCUUUCUAGCGAGAUUUUUUUUACAAAUCUCCAAAUUGCGACAAUCUUUUUGUCCUCUGCAUCCGUGAGAACGCGAGGGAGAUAUAAUUGUAGUUGAAUUUUUUUAUUGAAUAUGUGGUGGAAGAUAAUACUGCGCCGGUUUGUCCAGGGAAUUUUGAUAUCUUGUACUGGAGAGGUACGAAGUUUAAGAAAAAAUUGAGGCAAAUAACUUAAUAACAAUAGUUGAUGGCCCAUCUAUUUUAUAGGAGAGAAUAAUUAAUUCGGUGGCUAAAUAAUUUUAUGGAAAUUCUACGGGGAAUCCCCGAGUAUUUCACUGAUUUUUAUGAACAAAUAUAUAAAUUUCCUAUUCAAUUUUCUAGAGGCAUCUCAUUUUGAGGAUCGUGUCAUAUAAUAAGAUUAGAAACUGCCUUUAGCAGUUUAUUUUCGGCCGAUGACAAUACAUCUGUAUAGAUAGACGUAUGUUAAAUGACAAUGACAAUUCUUGAGAAACAUACUCUUAUAAAUUAUCGCUAGGCUAUCAAUUAUAGACCGGGUAGGUAAAUGUUACUUAAAAUGUUGCAGACAUUGACGCGUGGUCUAACUUAGCAGUUCAGUGAUACUAGAUAUACAUGAACGAGUAUUACUUUUUGUGUUUUUUUUUUGUUCAGUGAUGAUGAGAGAGAUGAACAAAUAUUGGAAUCAAUGUAAUCCGCCAUGUACCAACUUAUGAGCAUGAAAAAAUAAACCGUUUUAAUGCGAAA